UAUAAACUAACAAACGAAGUAUUGCAACCCAUCGUAUACUAUCAAAGGUGGUUCAGUCGCUAUUGCUAUAUAUAAAAAUUUAACGUUAACAUGGACGAGAAUCGAUUACAACCUUUUUUAAGCAGCAGGGAUUUUAAAAUAGAAGGGAAAAUUGGGGCUGGCAGUUCUGCCUUGCUUGUUUUGCAAGUCGAGAACAUUGUUGACAAGAAGAAAUACGCCAUAAAGAUUCUUCGCAGUGCGAACAACGCCAACGAUAAAAGCGCAAAAUACCAGAGACGAGAACUGGAACUACUGACGCAAUACAAGGAUGAUCUCUGGGAACAAAAUAUUGUCAGAUAUUUCCAUUCUUGGACAAACGACAUCGACAAUACGCCGUAUCUGUUUAUUCAAAUGGAACUGUGUCUGACAAACUUGACCGACUUCAUCUACGUUAUGGCUGGUCCUCAAAUUAUCCGACCAAAAGAAGAACGGAAGCCACUUUGGGCGCACGUUUUCCCUCAGAUUUUGAAAGGUUUACGCGCUAUACACAAAAUCGGCUGGGUUCAUCGCGAUAUUCAUCCCGGUAAUAUUCUUAUAGCAAAUCCAAAGCCACAAAAAGUCCACGAAAUUAUUGUUAAGAUCGCUGAUUUUGGUCUUGCAAGGGAAAUUGGCUCUGUAAUCGAAUCAGCUCUUGAGCUAACCGAUACUCCAGAAAUGCCAGAGCUUUCUCUUGAUGUUGGACAUGAACAGUUUAGGGCUCCUGAACUAGCAACCAAAAAUUACGAUUAUAAAGUUGAUCUCUUCAGCGCAGGAAUCGUUCUGUAUUUUCUCAGCCGUUAUCUUCCAACGAAAAGUCAAUGGCCAGAUGAGAUCAGGGAACUUAGAAACGGGAAACGUGGUCCUCAAGAUUUGUCGCAUCAAGACGAAUUAUUAUUCGACCUAAUCGACCGCUUAAUGAAGGACCCAAAUGAACGACCAACUGCAGAUAUGGCUUUGAAAUACAUAAAAGGCGAGAGCACGAACAUUAACGAAAGGGAGUUUUUAGUAAAGAAAGAAGCUGCUGACAUUUACUACCGAUGCACAAUCACCGAUAAAAGCUUGGGAAGUUUAAAAUUUGCAAUACAAGAACACAGCCACAUUGGGAUUGAAGCCAACGCUCAGAUACUUAUACAAGAGAAAAUCGUUGAUAACAAAGAAAAACAGGUUGAGAUAACAUCUGACCAAGAUGUACGAAAAAUGUUUCAUAAUGCUGAAAGGCAAAGGGUUAAAGUAUACAUUGUUGUCAAAGAUGGAACAGUAGAAAACCUCGAGCUCUGACUAGAAAUAUUAAAGGAUUCACGCACCUAUUUCUAAUUCAACACACUAUUUGCACAACGAUGAGAUGAUUUAGCGAAGUAAUGCUUAAUGCUAAGAUUGAGUUUACUGAUAUUUUUCCUCCAGUAUUUGUCUAUUACCAUUCCACUAGAGAAAAUUUGUAAA